UUUCACUGCACUAGCCAAAAGCGGUUUCAUCACUUUCCUUAUAUAGCAGCUAGCUCGUGCGGCUGAUGCGCAUUCAGCCAGCGCUUUGUCUGUUAUAACCAACGCGUUCCUCAGAGUAUUUUGUGGUUCGGAAGGAUCUGAUUGUUAGGGUUUGGUAUGGGGAGAGGUAAGAUCGUGAUAAGGAGGAUCGACAAUUCCACGAGCAGGCAAGUGACGUUCUCGAAGCGGAGGAACGGUUUGCUGAAGAAGGCGAAGGAGCUUGCGAUCUUGUGCGAUGCUGAAGUCGGAGUUAUGAUCUUCUCCAGCACCGGAAAACUCUACGAUUUUGCCAGCUCCGGCAUGAAAUCAGUAAUUGACCGAUACAACAAAUCAAAAGAAGAACCUUGUCAACUUGGGAGUUCAGCUUCAGAAAUUAAGUUUUGGCAAAGGGAGGCAGCAAUGUUAAGGCAACAAUUACACAAUUUGCAAGAAAGUCACCGCAGGAAAAUGAUGGGGGAAGAACUGUCAGGCUUGACAGUCAAAGAAUUACAAAAUUUGGAGAACCAAUUAGAAAUUAGCCUUCGAGGUGUCCGAAUGAAAAAGGAUCAACUUUUAAUGGAUGAAAUACAAGAGUUAAAUCGGAAGGGAAACCUCAUACACCAAGAAAAUGUGGAACUGUAUCAGAAGGUAAACCUAAUCUGUCAAGAAAACAUGGAAUUGAAAAAGAAGGUCUAUGGAACAAAAGAUGAUAACAAAACAAACAGAGAUUCUGUUCUCACAAAUGGUCUAGGCAUAGGAGAGGAUUUGCAAGUGCCUGUGAAUCUCCAGCUAAGCCAGCCACAGCAACAACACUACAAGGAACCUUCAGGAACUACAAAAUUGGGCAGAUUGCAAUUGCAUUGAUCCAUUUACAGGACGUGUGUUUCUCAAUUGCUAUCAAGGAAAAUGGACUCAAAUUUUAACCUCAAUGUUUUCAUAUAAAUGUGGCAUAUAGACCACAAACAAAUUAGCUUAAAGAUUUUAAUUUGAAAUUAUCAAAAAAAGAAAAGGCAACCCUAGCAUGUAUGUAAGAAACAAUGAAAGCAUCUUAUGAGAAACCAAGACUCAAAUCAAGGAAGAAAUUCUUCAAACCGCACAGAUGUGUGAUUCA